AUGCAAGAAAAGUUGACAAAGAACUCAGAGAAGCAAUGCAAUGGCCGCGAGACAGAGAAGGUCCGUGACUGUACUUAUGCCGCUAGCUCUGGGGUGUGUUCUAGGCCUAUGCCUAGGACAUACUUGACCAUUGUGGGCUCGUUUGGACCCAGCUCCCUUAUGAGUCCAAUUGAGCUGGAUCUCCUCGGGAUUGGUAGCAUUGUGGAGAAACGUGCGGAAAUCGCUCGGCCCCAUCGCGUCUCAUAA